AUGGCGGAUUUAGUUCAUAAGCUUUUCUGUGCCACCUGGGAACUCGAAGCGCUUCAAAGUAGCUUCGAGGAGGAAAGGAAGGAAAGAGAGGAAAACAUCAAUCAGCUAAUCCAAAUCCUGAACGUAACCACUCAGGAAAGAGACGAAGCCAGAGAACAACUGCAGGUCUUGCUCAACAGUAUCUCGGAGCCUAAUUUCUUGGUGGAGCUUCUUCAUGCAAUCUCUCACCUCCAUCCCCACAGUCCACAGAUUUGGGAGCCAAGAGAAAAUUCCAUUGUCAUAGAAUCUGAAGGUCUUUCCGAAACUCGAAACCAUCACUCUUUUGGAUCCUCUCCUUUCGAGUCGUUCUUUGUGACAAGCACGAAUGGUGCUGAUUCCUGCACCAUGGGACUCCCACAACAACCAUUCGUUCUUUGUGAAAAUAAUCAUUCUUCUUCGAUGACGAUCUCUCCGGGCACUGCAAAAUAUGAUCGCGCUGAUGCUAUAAUUGACAUGCUCUCUGCGAAGAAGCCAUUGCCAGAGAAAGGAAAACUGUUGGAAGCCAUGCUGAAAAUAGGCCCAACGCUGGAGACUCUCAUGCUGGCUGGUCCCCUGCCUCACUGGAGAAAUCCUCCUCCGCUGCAAUCGUUCCAGGUUCCUCCUGUGACGAUCAAAGCUUGCUAUGCUCAACUGCUUAACAGAGCCGCCAUUUUGAACUCUAAUCAUUGGAUUCAGAGUUCUUUAUGUGAGAAAUCCGAUGGAUUGUCUCAGAUGCACGCUGCAUCAAUUUUGGAAUUUUCUGGUAAGGUGAGCUUAUAUAGAAGGACAUUGCCUGGUGUUAGAAGCAACCGUAGCUUUGAGGCCAAGCGAGUGGGUGGAACUCAAUAAACUGCUGGUAUAUGAUGUGAGGAAAUGUCUUGGUUUGGUUUUGGUUUCAGGAAGACACAUACUCUGGUUUUCUUUAUUUCCCUGAUUUUAGGCACGGACAAUCUUUUCUUUGGUAAAUACAAGUUAUUUAGGAUGUAAA